AUGGUGAACCACCAUCAACCAGAUAUUAUGCUCCAUCAGAGUACAGCUACAUAUGAUGCUCUCGAUGCUGAAUAAUCUAUGUCUGUGUAUUUUAGAUUGAAAUAUUUAUCCUGGAUCUCAGCAUAAGCAAUCAAUCCUAGUCUUAUUAGAAGUCCUAAGAUAAUUGCAAUUUUUGGACUCAUAAAUUAAUUAAUGUUUAAAUUACGAACCCACACUGUCAAACAAUGGCUACUCUAAAGAUUUCGCAAAUCCGUCAAUAGUUAAUACAUAACGGAUCCAUAGGAAGAAGAAUACAAACAAGAAUUGGCGGAACUCUUUGCUAAAUUUGAUCACUAAGGCAAAGGGUAGAUUUAAAAAUACGAAUUGCUUACUCUUCUCAAUAAAUACGGAAUCAGUAUCAAUGAACAGGAAUUGACGUGUUAUAUAAAGCAAGCAAAUUCAAAAAGUGGUCGUUUUAUAACAACCGAAUAAUUCAAAUAGUGUGUUUUAUCUGAAAAAUCAAAACUAUUUCUUAAAAAACUUAUAAAUAAAUCAAACGAAAGAAACCCCCAAAAUUACUUUCCGACUGAUAUCACCAAAGUCUUAGAUUAAGUUCAUUAUUUAAGUUAGAGAAGCAGACUCCUAUCAUAAAUUGAAGACAAAUAGAUUCCUGUUGAAUAGAAGCUACAACCACUCAGUAAAUUAAUGAACCUCAGCCGUGAGAUCACAAUAACUGAACAUAGGCCAUAAUAAAAAUGUCCUUUGAGAUUACCAAGAGCUAGGUCAACCUGUACUACAAAUUAUAACAGUUUAUCUACUGCAAUUACGGUGCCUUCUACAUCCAAUUCGAGAUUUGGAGAUAAUCGUUUAUCCUUUAGAAAGCAUCCUACAUAAUAUUGCGAAUGAUAUUAAUUAAUUAACUUUAUUUUAGUGAAAAUUCUAUUUA